CGUGAAAACGAUUGUCGUCACGUCCGUCAGAAAAGUAACCCGGGUGUCAAACUGUCAAACGCUGUCAAAACGAAUCAAGUUUUCCUCCGUUCAGUCAUCUUCCCCGUCGGCCGCCGGCGCUGAGAAACGCUGAGCUACGUCAUACGGUAUCCUCUCGGUAUUACUCGGCGGCACCGCGGUGGGGUAGAGUAUCCCGAGAUAAGCGGCGGAGUGGUAGUGAUGUGAACACAUUCGUGGGUCGGGGCUGGUUGGCGGCAUCGGCAUCGGCAGGGCAAGCAGGCAGGCAGGCAAGCAGGCAGGCAGGCAGGCAGACAGGCAGGCAAGCGGGCAGGCAGGGAGCGGUACGGUGCGAGACGCGGAGCGAGAGCGGAGGAAAACGGCACGGCACGGCGCGGCGCGGUUUCGGCUUCUUCUGGCUGGCAUCGGCUUCGGAAAUGGCCGCGGGAAAGUAGAGAGCGGAGCGUUUCGUCGCUGGCUGGGCAGCAGGCUGGUUGGUUGAUUGAUCGGUCGGUUGGUUCGAUCGAUCGGUGUCGGUUCGGUCGUGGUCCAAGUUUUCGGAGCACCUCGCGCUCGCUCGCGUCGUCCGACCGCGGUAUCGGGGGGCGCGCGAUCGAUUCGCCAGCAGCACGAUCUCGAAUCAUCAGCGUGAGAUGUGAGAGCGGGGCGACCGACCCCGUGGACGACGACGACGACAAAAUGGGAAACGGAAACGAUCCCGACGGAGAGACGAUGGAGCGGUUCCUCGUCGAGAAGGAGAGGAUGGCCGGCGACGACGGGACGACAACGACGACGACGACGACGACGACGAACAAUGAGAUCCUCAAAGGCGCGGAGGACGAGGAGAAGGAGGGGCAGGGUACGUCAGCGCGAGGGGAACUGCAUUCCAGAGUGGGCGGCAUUCUGGAAUGCGAUCCCCCCGGUAACAGGAAUUCGUCGAACGAGCGAGCAGUCGCCGCCGCUGCCACCGCCACCACUGCCACCGCCGUCGCCGUUGCUGACAACGAGGACGGUGUCUGCCGAUAUGCGGUCGGCGCUGCUCACCGCGCUAUGUCUUUCUUCGAGAUGUGCCAGAUUCGACUCCAGUAUCUCUUUCCACAUCUGGCUCCACCCCUACGUUAUAAUAUUCAUGACGACUCUAUAGAAUCGACAGCAGAGAUCCUGGCCAACGAUGUGAUUCGGUACUUGUUGAAGGAGGACAUCUAUCUCAUAUCUCAGGAUCCAAUUUCCCGCAGUAUGAGGCAUAAUGUGUAUCAAAUGCUCAACAAGCAUAGCAUUCUCUUCACAAGUAUGGUGAAUCGUUUGAACGUCGUCCCGGACACCGCCUAUGAAACGUUCAUGGGUGUCGCCAACGAGCUGUUCUUACACGGCGUUAUCACCUGGGCCAGGAUCGUCUGCCUGUACGCUUUUAUGGGCAGACUGGCUUUGUGGGCCAGAGACAGAAGAAUGCACAGUCUUAAAAAGAAAUUGCCGUUGUACGUUUCUAGAUACGUUGGCGAGAAUAUAACGCACUUCAUCAAAGGCUAUGGUGGAUGGGAACAAUUGUGCGUCGAGUAUCCCGUGGCCGAGGAAGUCAGCGGAGCGGUUUGGAGGAGUCUGUUAAUGACAGGAGCUACUCUUGGUUUAAUCGCCACGAUUCUGUCGGUGACUUCUUGAUGGAAUCUCUCAGUGGGACCAUGUGACCUGAGUAUGUUUCUUCGUCCAAGAAACUUUCGCGUACUUACGUUCUACGGGAACGUUCUCGAAAGAGAAAUGUAAAGAGAUUUUUACAGCGUACGCACAAUAUUACAACACUUCACAUCGGACAUCGGAAUUCGGAUUCGAUUGAAACAGAGCGCUUGCUACUACGUCUACAGGAACAUGGAAAAUUAACAAAAGAUACAUCAACGCACGUUGACACGCAUAAUUUUCAUAUCAAUGUCACUCGGCUUAGAAUUCUACUUUUUAUAUAACUCCAGCGAGCAUACAUAGCAUGAGCGACAGACAAUGACGCUAGUUUCCUAUUACAAUACCUUAUAACAGACUAGUGAAAUUAGUAGGCAGAAUAUCUUAUUUAAUUCUACAAUAGACAUUUUAUAUUUUAAAGUAAUUCCUAAUAAUAAUACUCAAAAUUGAGGAAAUGUUUAGAAAUUCACGCAAUCAAGAAACAAGAAUCUCGAAAUUAUAUUUGUAUUGAAUUUAGGUAGAUCGCAAUCUAUUUAUUUAUAAUUUAUUUUAGGUAGAGAAUAUAAUUAAAUAACAAAUUUUUUUGAGUAUUUUUGAUCACAGAAUCGAUCGCAACUAUGCAUUUUUUAAACUUUAAGGAAUAUAUGUAAUAUCGAUGAAAACGAAAACGAUGAUGGCCAUCAUGUAUAUUCAAAUAAUGGCAUACCUUUUUAUAUGUUGAUAUAUUCUAUUACACUUGCAAAAAUUUUAUAUGGAUAUUCAGAAUAAAUACUUUUAUAAAAUAAUAAUCAUUCUCCUAUAAUCAUUAUCGAAAACAAGAAAGAUUUAAAACUACUUACUACAAAGAUAUUUGUCGUUCAAUUCUUUCGCAAUUUCACAGAAUAUUUAAUGUAAUUUCUUUCGAUCCUAUUAGUAUUAAAAUACAUAUAGAUAUGCAUUAUUCGUGUUUGCUACAAAAUUAAUUUCUUAUACGUUGUCAAGUACUAUCAAUGGAAAUUUACAGGGUGUAGAGCACAAGUUAAUGUUACGAAAAUUUAAAUACAGUUUUAUGAAGCGGUUAUACUACAAACAAAAGUCCUUCAUAAAAUAUACAAAGACUUAUUUACAUGGUGUAUGUAGUUUGGUUUUCAUGGAAGACAUCGAGUCAACAUCGUUAGAGCAUAUUUAAUUAUUAUAAAUUAUAAUAAGUGAUAAGUUUUGAUAUUAUACUGUUGCGUGUAUAUAUCGUGACAAAGGGGAUCGAUCUUAAUCAUUACAAAAUACUGUAAGUGACGUACUUUUGAUGUAUAUGUUUGCAAAUAAUCAAAAAUAUUAACUUCAUGUGAAAUAACACUAUCAUUUCUACUGCAGUAAACACAAUCCUCCUAAUGAUGUUUAUGUAAUCUAAAACAUUUAAUGUAAAGAAUAAAAGAUAUUGACAUUUAACAUUCCAUUUAUAUUAACAGCUUGGAAUUCAUUUUUGUAGAAUGUUACGAAUGUGGUACAAAUUAAACUGUAACAAGUAAUAAUUCGACAUUUACAUACAAUUUUGUUCAAAAUAACAUAUUUAUUAAAAGAGGCUACGUUGUAUAUUAGAAUUCUGGGUUAUUUAGUUUGGAAAACACAAUCUACAUUAUAAACUUUUUAUAUAAGCCUGGACUAAUUAUAUGAUAAAUAUAUUAUAUAGUAGGAUACUGUGGGAUAAUAACUUGCCUCUCUUUAUUUCUUAUAACCAAAGUGGAGGAUACAUUUCUGCCAAGGAAAUAUAUUAACCGUCAUUUUCAGCGUCGAAAUCUCAUACAUAUUUUUAUAUCGAUGAAGACUACUGAGAUCUAAAUCACUUAAGAUUUACAGUGUAUGUAUGUAUGUAUAUAUGUGUGGAUGGAUGUAUGUAUAUGUGUCUAUAUAUAUUGCAGUAUUUACAAUAUAUAUUAUAUAUUUGUAAUUAUACACGUUAACAAAAGGCAACACCGAACAAUGAUCAGAAAAUCUAUCCCUAGGGUCCUCAUAAAGAUGACAAUGCAUAAUAAUGUAUUAUUUAUAGCUACAAAAGUAAAGUCACGGUUUCUUUCUAUAUAUAUUACAUUUUACUAGUAAAAUAGUUUAUUUUAUUAUCAUAUAAGUUUUGCCAUUGAGAAAUACUCACAAAUACUAAAUACGAAUGAAUAAUGAAAUCCUUGACGCAAGUUUGUCAUUCUAUUUCAACUAAAUCCAAUCGAGCGUUUACUUAUGGCGUUUUCUCAGAUAUGUCUGACAGUUUGUCAGUUCGACUUCAUAUAUGCAAUACUUUUUUUUUUCAUAUGAAUACAAAAGCUUGACCUAGAAGUUCAAGCUCGGAUCAUACAAGAAAUUUUGAACAUUUAUGAGUUUAAUUUUUACACAGGAUCCUCAAGUUCUUUCAAUAUAUGUUGUAAUUUAUGAAUCAAGUUGUGAACAUAGAUUAUAAAAUCAUAAACUAGAGAGGGGAAAAUUCUGACGAGUAUAUCUAACAAUUUCCUUAUAUCUAAUCAAAUUUUGCGACUGUACAGAAAACAACUGCGCGUUUUCAACUUUUAUUUCAGAUCCUAAUGUGCAUAAUAGCAAGAAUCAACAAUUUUGGUUUAAUAAAUCUUCAAAAUUCUCUACUUUGCUAUUAUCAUUAUUAUGUUUAAAUAUUAUGCAUUUUUGUGGGGAUAUAUAUACUAUAUUUAACUGUACAAACGGAAAACUUAUUUCGUCUGUUAUAUUGACAAUUAUAAGUGUGAUUAUUUUAUUGUAGUCAAUUUUUAAUUAGUUAGCUAAUAAAACAUAUCGUCAGCGUUAUGCAAUUAGAUAGUAAUCAGAUUAAAUAAAAGAAAUAAACAAUCAUAAUGAGAUAAUAAUGGAAAGACGAAAUAAAGAUAUUUCCAAUUAAA